AUGCCAAAGUUUGUUCAAGUAGAACAUUCAAAAUGUUUAUUUCUGUCGAACGAUUUUUCAAUAACAUCAAAUCAAAAACCAUCUAAAUAUCUAGAAUUAGCUCUUAAUCGUUAUUCAAAAUAUAUCUCAUCACUUACAACACUUUCAAUAAAAGUUCAUCAAAAUUUACCACCAUCAAAAAAUACAUUGACUAUUGAUUGUUCAUCAAGUAAUUCAGGUGAAGAUACUUAUCCGACACUUGGUGAAGACGAAUCAUAUAUACUGAAUAUUACAGAAACAGGAUCAUAUUUAUCUGGACCAACAUUAACAGGUCUUAUUCGUGGUUUAUCAACAUUUGUUCAACUAAUCGAAAGAGAUACAUCAUCACAUAAAAAUUACAUUCCAUGCGUAAAUAUUGUUGAUCGACCACGAUUUCCAUGGCGAGGUUUAUCACUUGAUGUGUCUCGUCAUUGGAUGCCUGUAAAUGUGGUUGAACGAACAUUAAAUGCAAUGGAAUUGGGUAAACUUAAUGUUCUUCAUUUACAUUUAUCAGACGAUCAAGGUUUUCGUGUUGAAAGUAUUGAACAUAAUUUAUUACAUGAUCGAAAAGAUUUUUUUACUCAAAAAGAUAUUCGACAUCUUGUUGAAUUUGCUAAACAAAGACGUAUCCGUAUUGUACCUGAAUUUGAUAUUCCUGGGCAUACAACAAGUUGGUUUGUUGGUUAUCCAGAAUUAGCGACUGAGCCACGUCCGCAUCAAGUUGAAAUUCGAUGGGGUGUACUGAAACCUACAAUGGAUCCAACUAAAGAUAGUACAUAUGAAUUUCUUGAUAGUUUUUUUCGAGAAAUGACAGCAUUAUUUCCUGAUGAAUAUUUUCAUAUUGGUGGUGAUGAAGUUGAAGGUUCUCAAUGGAUGCAAUCUUUAGCAAUUAAUACUUUUAUUAAUAAACACAGACUUGGAGAUAAAAAUGGUUUACAAGCUUAUUUUAAUAAACGUAUACAAAAAAUGCUUCGUAAAUAUAAUAAAAAACUGAUAGGAUGGGAAGAAAUUCUUGAUGAGUUUCGAGAAAAUUUAGCAAUUGAUAAAGAUGCUAUUAUACAAUCGUGGAAAAGUCGAAAAUCACUUGCGAAUGCAAUAGAAAAAGGUUAUAAAGGUUUACUUUCUACUGGUUAUUAUCUUGAUCAUCUUCAACCAGCAACAUAUCAUUAUAGAAUUGAUCCAAUUUUAAAUGAUGAAUUAUGGUUAUUUAAUGAAGAACAAUUAAGUCAUGUUUUAGGUGGAGAAGCAUGUAUGUGGAAUGAAUAUGCUUCGCAAGAUACUGUGGAUUCUCGUUUAUGGCCUCGUAUUCUUGCUAUUGCUGAACGUUUUUGGUCUCCAUCAUCGAUAAAUAAUCCUGAUUUUCUUUACGAACGUCUCUUUCGAAUGAGUCAUUUACUUGAUAAAAUGAACACAGGUGUUAUACAUUUUUCAUCCUAUAAACUUAAAUUAGAAAAAUUACUUGCUAAUACUGAUAAAAAAAAAGAUCUUCUACAUCCAUUUAUAAUCUUAGCUGAUGUUUGUGAACCAUAUGGUUUUGAACAACGUAGUCAAAGUAAUAAAUAUACCGCACUUGUACCAUUAACAACAUUUACUGAUGCCUUACAGCCUGAAAGUGAACUUGUUUGGAAAUUAGAAAAUCUUCCAUUUAAUGAUAAAAUGUUUCGUGAUAUUUUUCAAAGAUGGUCGCUCAAUGAUAUACGUUUACGAGAAUUAUUUGAUGAUGUUGAAAUAGCUAAUAGUAAACGAUUAUGGGGACAAGAUAUUGGACAAUUAUCAAAAAAUCUUGCUACUAUUGGUAAAAUUGGUUUACAAGUAUUAAACUAUGGUGCAAAAAGAAUAUUACAUCCUAAUGCAAAUGACUCCAUGAAUUCUUGGCCAAUAUCACAAUGGAUGGGAUAUCAUAAUCAAAUGUUAUAUCAAUUAGAGAAUCAAGUUAAUGAAGUACGAUUAGCUGCUGUAAGACCAGUUCGACGUUUACUUAAUUCAAUUAAAAUAUUCACUUAA